CCAAAAGCGUACACACACACACACACACACACACACACACACACACCCUCUCCCCCGACGCCCGUGAUCACGAUUAGCCCCACUCCGGGGGAAAGCGGCUGCCGGAGGUCCUCUCACCUGCUCGGGGGUCUGAGAGGGUGCAGUGACCCUGACUAAGGAGCCAGGAACUGGUCCCAAUGGCAAUAUCUUUCAUCGUUUUUUCUUUGCCUCCGCUUGCCCACCGAGAGUGGGCGGCUGGAGAGCCCCUUUAACACGCUGACGACGGAGCUGGACGACCUUCGAGUUUCUGAUAAUCUCCUGUAGAGCCCAAGAGGCUAUGCGCACCGGGGCACUGGGAGCCUGCAAGUGAGGAGCCACUGUGCGGCUUGGCUCCCGCCCACCUCGGAGCCACACGCCUGCCCCUUGGGAGGGGUCAGCUUUGGCCUGAGAAUUUGGCCUCCGUCAAAAGCUCGGGUAGCUCCAAAGAUCUCCAGUCUGCCCCUAUGAUUAUCCCCUUCUCUUGUAGGCUUCCUCUCCAGGGUCUCCUAUUCGGAAUUCCUGAAUGAACUCUUGAGAUGGCCCAAAUUCAUGCUUCAUGCUCGCACAUUUGCUUUAUAAGGGUUGAGGGGAGGCCUCGGGAAUUCCAAAUGGAACCCAACUCCAGGGCAGCUAGUAAAGAACCUGGCCUGGGUGCGCGCAGGCAGAGGCAUGAACGCCUUACCUCUGGCGGCAGCGAAGGGGUUAGGCGCCACCACACUCCCGCCUGACUCACCCUCCUAGCUCUAACCACUGCGGACUAUUUUUGCCAGAGAGGGGCCUCAGGCUUCCCAACCACCCCCAGCCCCUGCCAGACCGCAGCCCCAAGCACAGCACCGCGGCUGGCCCUGCGCACCCAAGGCACAUGGACUCAGGGACGACCCCCCAGGAAACAGAAGCACAGGGCUGGUACCCACAACCACCACCCGUGGUGGCAAGCAGCAAUGCUGGGCAGCCAGCCCCGGUCUGUAUUCUUGCAAGUCUUGCCUCGGCCUGAAGGGACACCGCUGGCUAGGUGUCUAAAAAGUACAGAGGAGGUUAGGUCUGUGGGGCUAUUCACUGCGUGCUGGGGAAGAGAGGUUCUAGAGCCAGUGUGCUAGACAGCCUGGACCACAGUAGGGUACUCUUUCUGAUUGAUUCCACCACCUCUGGAGUAGGGAAAGGCGGUCCAAGACCUCCUGAACCUCCUUCUCAUUUAGGGGUAGAGGGCCAAACCAUAUAUGACUUCUGAGGUGGACAAAUACAAUUUCAGUAGCUUUCAUCCUUACUCCAGAAUCCAGGAUCCUCACCAGUACCCUAUCCUCUUUCCUGCCUGUCAGUCUGGGACUCACCCAGGCCCCUGGAAGGGUAUUUCACAGCCCUUUUCUCCAUCAGUACCUUAUGGACAUUUAUGUUUCUCCACGUGGCUGUGGUCCCAUUCCCACUUUCAAUUUUAUUUUGUCUUGUUCCUAUUUGUCCCCUCUCCGAUGCUAUCCUUGACUGGCUCCAGCAUUUUGUCAGAUGUAAUGAAAGGGCUAAGAAAGGCAAGCUGGAAAGUGGUGGCCCACACUCUUAAUCCCAUCACUUGGGAGGCAGAGGCAGGUGGAUCCCUGUGAGUUCAAGUCCAGCCUGGUCUGCAUAGUGAGUUCCAGGACAGCCAGGACUAUGUAGAGAGACCCUGUCUCAAAAAAAAAACAAUAACAAUAAUAAUGAAGGGGCUAAGGAAGAUCAGCAGCCAGAGGCUCAACUUCUCAGUGGCCUGGGGGCUCCCCAAGUUGGGCUAUCCCAAUCCUAAGAGCUCCCCUGCGGUUCUCUCCUGGCUGAAGUCUAGUUCUCUGAUAGAGGCUAUGGGCAGGCAGUGGGUGGCCUGAGUUGGCCCUCGGUGCCCUCCUGCCGACCGUCUGGCCUGAGCACUGACCCACAGGCAGCUAGAGGGCGGUGGGACAGGCGGGGCCUGGAGAGGGCUGUGGGUGCACACCCAUUGCCUAAUACCCCAAGCACGCAGCCAGCUCCAAGAAAGAGGAGGAGCAGGAACCAGAGAGACCUUGACAAGGGUUGGGACCAAAAGACAAGAGGGGGUACAAAAGGGGGCCGCCAUGGCUACGGGGAGGAAAUGGGAGCAACCUGGUCCACCUUCCCUUCCAUGAGAAAAGUAGAAGGUUACUCUUCCCCUCGUGAGGUCGGAGAGUGUAGCAAAACUCUGUGGGAAGAACAUCGAGGCCCUGAAGGGCGGAGGAGUGUCAAAUAAAAGAGUGGGGGCCUCUGGAGAUGGGGGGGAUCAAGAAACUGAGGCGGUGGCUACACUCGGGAACCUCCUCCCCCUCCCCCUCCCCUGAUGUUUGCCUUGGCUGGGGUCUUGGGUGACUCAUCUGUUGCUAAGCCGCUGAUAGGGGCGGCCAGCCCAGGGAACCCAAAUUAUAGGCCCGGGAGGGAUGGAUGCGCCUGUGGCAGUGAGCUCAGCCCGGCUGCCUCCCUCCACCUCGCCGGUCUUCCACUGCAGUACCGAAGGCCACCACCCAGAGGCGCCAGAGAUGUGGCAGACACACCUACUGGGCUCCAAGGAAACCCCCACGUUCGGCAGUUAGCCCCAACAAAGCUUGUGGACCACCCUAGGCAAUUUUACCCCCUCGUCUACUAGAGGCCCUUGGAUGGGCUGCCCAUUCCCAGCCCGAAGCGUGGUGCCUGCUGCCUGGCCUGUGCUUCAAAGGCAUGCCCAAGAACUCUGAUCUUUCUAGAUCCCAAGGUCUAAGCGAAGCUCCCUUCCCCCACCCCACCACCUCUCUCCAGGACCUAUUACACCUAUUCCGAGGGCCCUGUUUUGCUACUGCGUUUCUACUUCAAUCCUUUGCAGUCAGCUGUAGCCAAAAGUGAUAGAGAGAUGCGGGUCACAUGCGCCUGUAAUAAGGAAGCUGAGGCAGGAAGAUCGAGAAUCCGAGGCCAGGGGACCGGAGAGAUCAGCAGUGAUGAGCGCUUGUUGCCCUUGAAGAACCCGCAGGUCCAGUCCCCAGCACCCACGUGGUGGCUCACAACCAUUCAUAAUCCUAGUUCCAUGGGAUCCAACAGGCAUGGGUGAUGUGCACAUACAUGCAUGCAGGCAAAACAUUCAUACUAUAAAGAAAAAUAAGUAAAUCUAAUAAAUUUUAAAACAAGAGAGGAUUCAAGGCCAGAGCUAGGAGUGGCAGCUCAUGAGCCAUGCCUUUAGUUUGAACACGGGAGAGGCCGGCCGAGGCACGUGGAUCUCAGUGAGUUCAAGGCUAGCCUGGUAUACAUGGUGAAUUCCAGGCUAGCCAGGGAUACAUAGUGAGAGCCUGCCUUACAACAACAACAAUAAUACCUCAAGAUAUCUAAGAAAGAAGAUUCCAAAAGACAGAAAGGUACACAGACCUUGAGAAAGGACCACACUUGGUAUGUUCAAAAGAUCAGAGGGAUCAGUGUGGGGGAGUAAUUCUUAAGCGGAAAACUGAAGAACCAGAAAGUAAUGGGGUCAGAUCCGAUGAUGCCUUGUAAGCUACUGUAAAGGUUUUUGGCUUUUGAGUGAGAUAAGGAAUCAUUGAAUUUGGUCAGGGAAAUUCAUUUUUAUUUGUUUACUUUUUAAAUUGUGUGUGUUUGUAGGUGUGUCCUGGGAGGCCAGAGGUGCUGGAGUUACAAGGCACUUGUGAGCUGCCUGAAGUGGGCGCCGGGAAUCGAACUCAGGCCAUCAGCAAGAACAGCAUGUGCUCUUAACCACUGAGCCAUCUCUCCAGCCGCAACUUCAUUUCUAGAAAGGAUGGUCUUGACUACUGUUGGGAAAAGCAUGAAGACUUGAUAGGAAGAGGUGACCGUGGCUUCUACCACCACACAGCAGCUAGGGGGUGGAAGGGGGCCAGCUGCUGUGUGAACUUUACAGAUUGAGGGUCAGGGUUUGCUAACAGCCUAACAUGAAGUGUAAAACCCAUAAGCCAAAGGUUGAUUCUAAAUUUAAAAUUAAAAGAUAUAUAUAGUCAUGUAGCUAGAGUUUUCCUGCCUGGCCCACAGUCAGGACAAAUCUCUCUCACCUGCCAGUCCCACAGCCGCUCAGACCCGACCAAGUAAACACAGAGACUUAUAUUGGUUACAAACUGUAUGGCCGUGGCACGCUUCUUGCUAACUGUUCUUACAGCUUAAAUUAAUCCAUUUCUAUUAAUCUAUACCUUGCCACAUGGCUCGUGGCUUACCGGCAUCUUCACAUGCUGUUUCUCAUCGUGGCAACUGGCAGUGUCUCUCUGACUCAGCCUUCCACUUUCCAGCUCUAUUCUCCUCCUUGUCCCGCCUAUACUUCCUGCCUGGCCACUGACCAAUCAGUGAUUCAUUUAUUGACUAAUCAGCAACACAUUUGCCAUACAGACCAUUCCACAGCAUAGCCAGAUAGUGGUGGCUACACCUUUAAUCCCAGCACUUGGGAGGCAGAGCCAGGCAGAUCUCUGAGUUCAAGGACAGCCUGGUCUACAGAGUGAGGUCCAGGGCAGCCAGGGCUAUACAGAGAAACCCUGUCUCAGAAAAAAAAAAUGAUAUAUUAUUAUUUUAUUCUAUGUGUGUGGGUUCUUUCUUUGUUUUGUUUUGUUUUUUUUACUGUUUGUUUGUUUGUUUGAGACAGGGUUUCUCUGUGUAGUUUUGGUGCCUGUCCUGGAUCUCAUUCUGUGCUGGGAUUAAAGGCGUGCGCCACCGUCACCGCCACCGCCACCGCCGAGCUGCAUGUGGGUUCUUUAUCUGUAUGUCUGUAAACUACAUGUGUGCCUCCUGCCUGCAGAGGCUAGUCCUGGUUCCAAGAUUUUUGCCCUGGGGAUGAAGGCCAGCGCUGUCAUUUACUGAAAAUGGCUGAAGAAAGAGGAAAUUAAGCAAUGGGGGGGAUUAAGAAUUAAGUGGUGUUGGACAUGUGAACUUCAAGGCGCUUACUUAAGUGUUAGGAAUACAUUGGAGUCGGGGAUUUAGCUCAGUGGUAGAGUGCUUGCCUAGCAAGCGCAAGGCCCUGGGUUUGGUCCUCAGCUCUGGAAAAAAAAAAAAGGAAUACAUCUAGAAUUCAUAGCCAGUUACAAAUCAGGAAACAUGGGGGCUGGAGAGAUGGCUCAGCGGUUAAGAGCACUGGCUGCUCUUCCAGAGGACCUGGGUUCAACUCCUUCCCAGCACUUACAUGGUACUUAUAACCAUCCGUAACUCCACUCCCCGGGUAUCUAAUGACUUCUGGACUCCACGGGCACCAGGAACACCAGUGGUACACAGACCAUACCCAUACAUAUUAAAUACAUAAAACAGGAAAAAUGGAAGCUUGGAGUCAGAGAGUUUACUAGGUGAGUGAACAGGCCAAGACCAGCUCUCACUGGGAGUGCCUGAGUUAGCAUUCUUGCUUCUUUCCUUCUUCUUUUUUCUUUUUUUUUUUUUUUUUUGGUUGAGUCACAUGUAGCCCAGGCUAGCUUCAAACUCUAUAUGUAGCUAAAUAUGACCUUUGCUUCUCAAGUGGUAGGAUUACAGGUGGGUGGCUGCACACCUGGCCUUAUCUUUUCUUUAUUUUUACCAUAUCCAUGGUCCAGCUUAAAACACUACAUAUGCUAGGUAAGGUCAUCUCUGUGUGUGUGUGUGUGUGUGUGUGUGUGUGUGUGUGUGUGUGUGUGUGUGUUAUACACAUUCAUAUGUGUGCACAUGCAGAGGCCAGAGGUCAAGGUGAGACAUCUUCCUCUAUUGCUUUCUGCCUAAUUUUUUUUUUAUUUUUAAUUUUUCAUCUUCUUUCUCAUUUUUACUUUGCUUAUUAUCAGUGUGAGGGGUGCUGAGUGUGCAUCAUGGUGAGCACCUGGAUGUCAAGGACAGUUUUGUGAAGUCAGUUCUUCCUUUCUUUUUCCCACUUUGACACCAGUGGUCAUAGAUGAUACAGUUUCCUGUUUUUCAGUCUGUUUCCCAUCCCCAUAGAAUUAUACCAAUAUAUCCGAUAAAAAAAAAAAUGUAUGACACCAGGCAGUGGUGGCACAUGCCUUUAAUCCCAGCACUCAGGAGGCAGAGGCAGGCAGAUCUCUGUGAGAUCCAGGACAGCCAGAACUACAGAGAGAAACCCUGUCCCGGAAGACAAAAAAAAAAAAAAAAAAAGGGGUGUAUGUGACCCAGGCCUCCGUGAUGAAAAAUUCCUUGAAAACGAAGUCAGUUUACCCAUGUAUAUUGAUCAUUCCCUUGAGCCAUUUAUGUGGGGCACUAUUUGCAGAAACUCCUGACUUUUAGACCUGUGCAGGAUACUGGACCAUUCCACAUUAUCCCUCAGGAAUGAAUCUUUGGAGGAAGCAAGUAUGCUAGGCUAAGAUCAGGCCUGAGGAGGACAUUUCCCUUAAAAACAAACAAACAAACAAACAUUCCACCAAAGCUACAUUUGGGUUCGUAUAGAUCUCAUUUUGAAACAUUCACACCUCGUGAGAUGCCUCAGUGAGCAAAGGAAUUGCCACCAAGUUUAAUGACCUGAGUUCUGUCCCUGGGACCCACAUAACGGAAGGGGAGAACCAACUCUUACAAGUCGUUCCCUGAGUAUGCAUGCUAUUGCAUUGUGUCUCUCUCUCUCUCAUACACACACAGGCACACACACAAUAAAUGUGGUUUAAAAAUUUUAGUUGAACACAAGUACCCCAGGAACAGUAACUAAAUGUAUCAACCAUUUCUUCCAUAGAGUGAUUUGCGCCUCAGUGGGAAAGCCUGAUCAACUCUGGGAGUCUGAGUUCUUUGGGAUCAGACCUGGGUGCUCUAAUCAGACACUGUACCAAACAAACAAACAAACCAGGAGAGAUGGAACAAGAGGUCCCCAAAGACUUAAAAAUCAUUUUCUUGCCGGGCGGUGGUGGCACACGCCUUUAAUCCCAGCACUCGGGAGGCAGAGCCAGGCGGAUCUCUGUGAGUUCGAGGCCAGCCUGGGCUACCAAGUGAGUUCCAGGAAAGGCGCAAAGCUACACAGAGAAACCCUGUCUCGAAAAACCAAAAAAAAAAAAAAAAAUCAUUUUCUUUCUGUGUUGCUUUUGAAAAGGGACCACAGCCUGCUCUGCUGCAGACUGGCAAACCACUGAGCCGCUGACAAGUAGAGUCCACAUAGGCUUUGAGCUCACAUCUCUGGGGUGUCCGGCCUGAAGGAGCAUCCCUCUAAUCUCCACUCCAGAGGUAGAGGCUGGGAGAUCAGAAGUUCAAGGCCAGUUUAGACUAUAUCUUGAAUUUGAGGCCAGCCUAGGCUACUCGAAGACCUUAUCUCAACAAAUGAACAACAAAACAAAGAAAGGCUAGGAAGAUGGCUCAGCAUUUAAGAGCACUUGCAGAGGACCAAGAUUUGACUCCCAGCACCCACUCAGUGGUUGACAACCGUCAGUAGCACCAGUUCCAGUGAAUCUGACGCCCUCUUCUGGCCACUGUGGGCACUGCACACACAUGGUACAUUCGCAACAUGUGGGCAAAAUAUUCAUACACAUAAAAAUAUUAAACAAGGGCUGGAGAAAUGGCUCAGCGGUUAAGAGCACUGGUUGUUCUUGCAGAGGACCUGAGUUCAAUUCCUAGCAACCACAUGGUGGCUCCCAACCAUCUGUAUUGAGAUCUGGUGCCCUCUUCUGGCAUGUAGCAGAACACUGUAUAUGUAAUAAAUAAAUCUUUUUUAAAAAAAUUAAGCAAAAAAGACCCUCCCCUUCCCCCAGAAAAUUAAAAGAAAAAAAAAGAAUAACCACUGGGUUUGCUUUUGAUUUUGAGAUAGGAUUUUACUAUGUACCCCAGGCUGGCUGUGCUAGAUCUCACUGUGUAGACCAGGCUGGCCUCAGACUCACAGGGAUAACCUCACCUGCCUCUAACUUCCAAGUGCUGGGUUAAAGGCAUGUACCACCACUCCUGGUCGCUCCAAGACUUUUUAAUCCUCCUGCCUCGGCCUUCUAAGUUCUGGAAUUGGCAGGCAAGUACCACCAUGCAGAACUGGUCUGAGAUUUAUUCACUCUAUUUUUCAUUAAUUAUUAAUUUGUUGCUACCCUAUCUCAGGGUUGUCUCAAAUUCGGAGCCAUCUUCUUAUAUAAGACUUCCAAGCGCUGGGGUCACGGGCACACAUGCUCCACCAUGCCUGGCUGGUCUGGUUUUGUUUGUUUGUUCAUUGAAUUGCUUACAUUUAUCUGUUUCGAGUGUGUAUGUACACGUGCAGAGAUCAAAAGGUUUUAGAUUCAGCUCUCCUUUCAUCAUGUGGGUCCCGGGGAUUGAACUGGGGUCAUCUGCCUUACCAGCAAACACUUUCACCUGCUUUUAAUUUAGUGUAUGAUGUGUAUGCGCUUGUACAUGUAUGCACACUCACAUGUGAAUGCCCCUGGAGUGGAGAGAGGAAGUUGGAGAUGGAGUUAUUGGUAGUUAUAAACUGCCUGACCUGGGUGCUGGAAAAGAAACUCAGGUCCUCUGGAAGAGCAGCAAGUUCCCUCUCCCUCUCUGUCCUGGAACCCAAUAUGUAAACCAUGCUGACCUUGAACUCAGCCUGCCUCUGCCUCCCGAGUGCUGGGAUUAAAGGUGUGUGCCCCCAUGCCUGGUCCUGCUUUUGUGUUUUGAGAGUGUCUCCUAUAUGCCUGGAGGUAGAAGAUAACCUUGAACUUUUGCUCUUCCUGCCUCCUGAGUGCUGGGGUUACAGCCAUGUGCCACCAUUCCUGGUUUUUCCGUAGUCUGAAGAUCUAACCCAGGGCUUUAUACAUGCUAAGCAAACGCUCUACCCCAGUCCCUGGGGACAUAGCUUUAACAUUGAUUCAUUUAUUGGCUGGGACCUUGAACCUGGAUCCACUGCCUCAUCAAUUGUUUCCUCUGUAAAAUGGAAGAGAGGAAAAAAUAUUAGAAUCCUCCAGGAGUGGGGGCUUCUCUGUGUGGCAAUGGGGCAUGAUAAUCAAGCUGCCAGUGCCCCCUGUAUCUCACAUCGGGAACAGCAGCCUGGAAAUCCUAGGCUACCAUGGCCCUGAAGAUAACUGGGGUCUCAGGCAAGGAAGAGUGUGCGAAGGAAGAGUCACAGGACUGAGGAUGGGGGGAAACAACAGAGCUUUGGGGCACUGCAGAAAUCUGGGAGAAAAAUCCAAUGAAAAGCAGAAAACACAUGGGAGGCACAAAUUUGUUAACCUUUAAAAAAGAGAUUUUAUGUAUGUGUGAGUGUUUUGCCUGCAUGUAUGUAUGUGCACCUGUGUGUGCUUGGUGCUAGUGGGGUUCAAACAACACCUGACUCUGGAGUUCCAGGUCCCCGAGAGCCAUCACGUGGGUGCUGAGAACAGAACCUGGAGCCUCUGCAAGAGCAGCCAGUGCUCUAAAGCACCAAAGCACCGACCCAUCUCUCCAGGCCCCCACAUUCCUUCAUCUUGAGCUAGGCAGGCAUGGUGGCACAGGCCUGGAAUCCUGGCAGUCAGGUGACCAUCAUGGAAUCUACACAUUAAAAUUCGGUGUUAGGUAGAGUCACACAGCAAGAUCCUGUCACACAACCAGAAGCAGCCACGGAAACAAAACAAACCUGCUGUUGCAGGUCCCUUUCUCUCUUCCCAGUCCUCCUCAUCACCUGACAAUCGCUCCACUGUGCCAUCCUUUCCGGGGCUAGUUGCCAGAGAAACCUGGCUCAUCUUCAUGACUCUUUCCACUAAUGACAUGCACAGGUUGACACACGCCGGAGAGAGACACCAUAGGAUGACACAAGGUACCCAGAGCGACAGAAUGACACAUGCAUGCACAUAGUUAAUCUCCCCGCCCCCACACACACUCACUCAUCCACCCACCUGCAAACACAGUCCCAGACACUCUCCAUUCUUGAGUCAGGCUUCUGGACAGCUCCUGUCGUAUCUCCCACCUCCUUCCUGACCCACUGCUUAAAACGGUGACUGUAGCAAAAAUGACUUCAUGAUCUCCCUGUCCUGAGCCAAAUUACAAAAUGAUUUGGAAAGGGCUCAAAACGCCCUUCUUUAGAAGUUUCUGGAUACACCAAUACACAGGAGCAUGCACCUUCAGAACACAUGUGUAUUUCCACUUGGCCUCACAUUGUGACACACAGACACUCGCACUCUCCUAGCCCACAUAACGCAAACUGCUGCAUGUUUAUGAGUUCCUCUCUACCACGAGCUCGGUUUGGUCAGCCUACCCGACACCCCACGCCCGGGAAUCCCUGACCACAUCUCCACCCAUGCUCUGUCUCUCUCUUUUCCUUCUCUGUCCCGCCGUCGGGGUUCCUGGGCGAGGAGGCAUCUCCGCCCCGAGUCGCUGGCCAGAACCACAGCUUUUACCCCGCCAUUCAGGAUAAGGAAGAGAAGAGACCACAGCGGGAGGCGGGGGAUGACAGGGUGACAUCGAGGGGACAGCCCCACCGCGCGCGUGGGGAGGCGAUUCAGGCUGCAGACAGGUUGUCCCGAAAGACUUGGUCUCCGCGCCCCCUGGCGGAUGCUGGUCCCCGACGGGCUCCGGACGCGAAGAAGAGUGAGGCCGGCGCGCGUGGGAGGCCAUCCCAAGGGGAGGGGUCGGCGGCCAGUGCAGACCUGGAGGCGGGGGCCACCAGGCAGGGGGCGGGGGUGAGCCCCGAUGGCUAGCUAGUCCGUCAGCUCUUUGCUCAGACCGGCUAGAGCCACAGCCCCGCUCGCUCCUCAUUGUCUGUGGCCCUGACCGGUGCGCCCUGGUGCCAUAGUGCGGCCUGGAGGGGCAGCCUCUUCUCGUCAUUGCAGUCAGAGCCGCAACUAUAAGAGGCGGUGCCUCCCGCAGUGGCCGCUUCAGCCCAACAGCCAGGGCAGCAAACCAUGCUGCCUGCGGCCCGCCUCCAGAGUUACUAGAGCCAGCCUGCGAACUCUCACAACUGCCCUCAGCGCCGCGUCCAGUCCCACCACCGUCGCGGGCAGCCACCAAAGCCGCCAGAACUGCAGCACAGAACCGGCAAGGCCAGGCAGGCCAUGGGGCUCUGGGCGCUGCUGCCCAGCUGGGUUUCUGCUACUUUGCUACUGGCACUGACCGCCCUGCCCGCAGCCCUGGCCGCCAACAGCAGUGGCCGAUGGUGGGGCAUCGUGAACAUAGCCUCCUCCACAAACCUGCUGACGGAUUCCAAGAGUCUGCAGCUGGUCCUGGAGCCCAGUCUGCAGCUACUGAGCCGCAAGCAGCGGCGACUGAUCCGACAGAACCCGGGGAUCCUGCACAGCGUGAGUGGAGGGCUGCAGAGCGCCGUGCGAGAGUGCAAGUGGCAAUUCCGGAACCGCCGCUGGAACUGCCCUACCGCUCCCGGGCCCCACCUCUUCGGCAAGAUCGUCAACCGAGGCUGCCGGGAAACAGCAUUUAUCUUCGCAAUCACCUCCGCCGGGGUCACACAUUCGGUGGCGCGCUCCUGCUCCGAAGGUUCCAUUGAGUCUUGCACCUGCGACUACCGGCGGCGUGGCCCUGGGGGCCCCGACUGGCACUGGGGGGGCUGCAGCGACAACAUCGAUUUCGGCCGCCUCUUCGGUCGAGAAUUCGUGGACUCUGGGGAGAAGGGGAGGGACCUGCGCUUCCUCAUGAACCUUCACAACAACGAGGCAGGGCGCACGACCGUGUUCUCCGAGAUGCGCCAGGAGUGCAAAUGCCACGGGAUGUCCGGCUCGUGCACGGUGCGCACGUGUUGGAUGCGACUGCCCACGCUGCGCGCCGUGGGCGACGUGCUGCGCGACCGCUUCGACGGCGCCUCCCGCGUCCUGUACGGCAACCGGGGCAACAACCGCGCUUCGCGGGCGGAGCUGCUGCGCCUGGAGCCCGAAGACCCGGCGCACAAGCCGCCCUCCCCUCACGACCUCGUCUACUUCGAGAAGUCGCCCAACUUCUGCACCUACAGCGGACGCCUGGGCACAGCCGGCACAGCCGGGCGUGCUUGCAACAGCUCGUCUCCGGCUCUGGACGGCUGCGAGCUGCUGUGCUGCGGCCGGGGCCACCGCACGCGCACGCAGCGCGUCACGGAGCGUUGCAACUGCACCUUCCACUGGUGCUGCCACGUCAGCUGCCGCAACUGCACGCACACGCGCGUGCUGCACGAGUGUCUGUGAGGCGUUGCGCCCCCGGGAACGCUUCCCCUGACCAGCUCUCUGGCACUCGAGAGACCCACCCCAUUCGCCCACCCUGGCACCUCCAGUCACGUUCCCGAGGUUCACAGUGACCCAUCUCUCCCACCUCCUACCUGGGGGCUCCUUAAACCACUUGCCUGAGGCAGUAGGAACCCUUUUGCCAUCCUGAGGGCCCUGCCUCAACCUACCUCCCUCCCUCUUGGUGGGAGACCCCUUGUUGCACGGCCCCCUAUUUGGUCAGGGGGCGAGAGGAGGGUUCCUCUUCUCCUGGGGGAGGGGGGUCAGUUAUGAGGUGGAGGUGUUGCAGUCCCAGCUGUACUGUGUCAGUGACCUCCCAAUCUCAUUCCACCUCUUCUUCCGCUCUCCCAGCGUCCCUACAGGCCCCUUCCAUUCAUUGUCUAGCCAGCACACCUGGGCAGCAGGGUCUCCCCCCCCCCCACCCGUAGCUGAAGUCAGAGGUUCCAGGGUGAAAGGGCGGCUGUGAUGAUGUGGGAAAUAAGGUUAGAAAACCCAGCAGAAAAAGCUCCAUUCCCCUAGUCUCUGUAACGGAGCCACUGAACAGCUGUGAAGCAUGCCUCCUUCAGCCACCUCCCACCCCUUCCUGUCCUGCCUCCUCAUCAGUGUGUAAAUAAUUUGCACUGAAACGUGGAUACAAAGCCACGAGUUUGGUUAUGUAAAUAAAACUAUUUAUUGUGCCGGGUUCCAGCCUGGCUUGCAGAGACCGCCUUCACCCCGACUCCUCUGUUCUGCCCUUAACCUCGUUGUUAUCCAACUUUUUUUUCUUUUACCCAGUUUCUCAAAGAUGCCCUUGCCCACCGGAUCAGUAUUUCCUUCCACUGUAGCUAUUAGUGGCUCUUCACCCCCAUCAAUGUAUCUUUCUCUGAAGAAUAAAAUCGCUAUUUUUA